AUGAGCGAAACAACGAGGCAGAAGACUGCCAUUAUAAUCGGCGCCGGGGUGGGCGGCGUAGCAACAGCAGCGCGCCUCGCGAAAGCCGGCUUCAAGGUGACCGUCGUCGAGAAGAACGACUUCACCGGCGGCCGCUGCUCGCUCAUCCACCGCGAUGGCUUCCGCUUCGACCAAGGCCCCUCGCUGCUCCUCCUCCCCCACCUCUUCGCCGAAACCUACCGCGACCUCGACACCUCGCUCGAAGCCGAAGGCAUCACGCUAGUGAAAUGCGAGCCGAACUACCACCUCUGGUUCGGCGACGGCGAGUCCUUCGAGCUGUCGACCGACCUGGCGCGCAUGAAAGAGGAGAUCGAGAAAUGGGAAGGCAAGGACGGCUUCGAGCGGUAUCUGGGCUUCCUGCAGGAAUCGCACCGCCACUACGAGCUCAGCGUGACGCAUGUGCUGCGCAAGAACUUCACGAGCCUGCUCAGCAUGGCGCGGCCGAGCUUUCUGCGGCACCUGCUUGCGCUGCACCCGUUCGAGAGCAUCUACAGCCGCGCGAGCAAGUACUUCUGGACGGAGCGGCUGCGGCGCGUGUUCACGUUUGGGAGCAUGUAUAUGGGCAUGAGCCCGUUUGACGCGCCGGGGACGUAUAGUCUGCUGCAGUACACGGAGCUGGCGGAGGGGAUAUGGUAUCCGUUGGGAGGCUUCCAUAAGGUCAUCGAAGGCAUCGUCCGCAUCGGCGAGCGCCUCGGCGUAACCUACCGCCUCUCGACCCCCAUCUCCCGCAUCCUCCUCUCCUCCGACAACACCACCGCCACCGGCGUCGUUCUCACGACCGGCGAGACCCUCACCGCCGACGUCGUGAUCUGCAACGCGGACCUCGUCUACGCCUACGCCUCACUCCUGCCGCCCUCUCCUUCCGCGCGCUCCCUCGCCAAGCGCGCCGCGUCCUGCAGCUCCAUCUCCUUCUACUGGGCGCUAGACCAGCCGGUGCCAGCGCUCGCGGCGCAUAACAUCUUCCUCGCGGAUGAGUAUAGGGAGAGUUUUGAUAGUAUUUUUAAGCAGCACCUCAUUCCUAAGAAGCCGAGCUUCUACGUUAAUGUGCCCAGUCGUGUGGACCCGUCUGCGGCGCCGGAGGGGAAGGAGGCGGUGGUGGUACUUGUGCCCGUGGGGCAUUUGCUCGAGAGCAGCGGCAGCAGCGACGGGGGCAGCAACAGCAAUGGCAGCAUCAGCGCCAACGGCACCGCUGCCACGCACAAGGGGACAUCCGACUCACCCUCCACGACGCAGGACUGGCCAUCCCUCAUCGCGCACGCGCGCUCCACGGUCCUCGCAACCAUCCUGGCACGCACCGGCGUUGACCUCUCCGCCGCCAUCCUCCAUGAGUCCGUCAAUACCCCGCCGUCGUGGAAAGAGGUCUUCAACCUCGAUCGCGGCGCCAUCUUGGGGCUCAGCCACAGCUUCUUUAACGUGCUGAGCUUUAGACCGAAGACGAAGCACCCGAAGAUUGGGAGUCUGUACUUUGUGGGCGCGAGCACGCAUCCCGGGACGGGCGUGCCGAUUGUGCUGGCAGGCGCGAAGGUGGUGAGUCAGCAGAUUUUGGGGGAUUUGGGGUGCGGAGAGAUGCCGUGGAGCGAAGGGGGGAAGACGGGAGUAGCCGCUAAGAGGGGGAGAGAAAGGGGAAGCGGGAUUGAUGAGGUGCAAGUGAGCCCGGUGCUGAGCUGGGUGCACUGGACGGUUUUGGUGCUGCUGUUGGCGGUUAUGUUGGGGGUUUGGGCUAGGUGA